AUGGAAAUUGUGAAGCAUGACGAGAGCAUCACAACCGUCACUUUUGGCUGGGCGCGGGCUGGCGACGGAUAUAUUGUGCAGGGGCCACAGGUGUUACAUAAAGGCGGUGGUGUAAGCCCCUACAGGCCAGUGAUUGGUGGCCUCGCGCUGCCACCAGGCAAGGGGAAAUUUUUCUACGAGAUUACGACCAAUACAGAUGCAUGCAAGCUCGGCCUGUGCACGGAGGAGGCAUUCCGCACGGAUGGUGACCUUCAGGAGGUUGAGCUCGGCAAACGGUGCAACUUUUCCGCACAGGGUGAGAUACCGUCUUCUGACAAUUGCUGGGUUUUUAAUUGCCAGACUUCCACAGUGGAGAUUAACGGCAGGGAGCAGAAGAAAUUGUGGCGUCUGUUUGUCCCUGUAUCAGGCGCCCGCUUUGGCUUUCUCGUUGACACAAACGUGGGGCUUGUUCAAUUGUUUGUCAAUGGCGAGUACCAAGGCAUUGUCUUUGACUCUUGUUUAGGCUUGAUGGACAAAACACUCUGCCCCUGCAUCGGGUUGGAAGGGAUGGAUAUGAAUAAUUUAAGCAUAGGUGUGGGUAGCAAGAGCGCCUUUGUGAGCCCUCUGAAAGAAUCUCCUGCAUACUUGUCCUUCCGCGAAGGAAAGGAUGCGACUCUGUGA